CUCUCUCGUUCUGCAUUAUGUAAACCGUCAUCACCACCGCACGCGCGCUCCAAGCGCAAGGGCUAUUCAGCCGCCGCACACAAACAGUCACGGACCGACGGGUUUAAAGAACUGAGGAUUUAAAUUAAAUACCGAGUGUGAGAGACGUUGAGCCUUGGGUGAGGGAGUGAAAGAGACUGAUUUGUAUCUUCCCCAGAUCGGGAGGGGGAGGAGGCACGGAGAAUGAGCUAUUAUUGUACCAGCACAGAGGCUGUGUGUAAUAGCCAGGACGCACCUAACGCCAGUGCGAGGAAAGCAGCUACUAAUAAUACGAACCGUGGCAGCGAAGGUCUCGAGAGCAGCAGCAGCACUAGUUCACGGCAGUCGCAACCCCAACCGCUCGUGGCCAUGAAAGUGAAGAAAGGCUGCAACUCGACAGAUGCUGGGGUCCCGGUUACAAGUGAAGACGAGUUGCUAAGAAACCCCGUAAUAUCGCCUGAGGAUGUACUUGGGUUACAAAAGAUCACCGAAAACUACCUAUGUUCCCCAGAGGAGAACGUUCACAUGAUCGACUUCACACGGUUCAAGAUCCGAGACAUGGAGACAGGGACGGUGCUGUUUGAGAUCACCAAGCCCCCUGUACCUGGCGAAAAGAAGGAUUUUGACCCCAACGGAGGCCGCUUCGUCCGUUACCAGUUCACCCCUGCCUUCCUGCAGCUGCGCCAGGUCGGCGCCACUGUGGAGUUCACAGUGGGAGACAUGCCCAUCAACAACUUCAGGAUGAUUGAGAGGCACUACUUCAGAGAGCAGCUCCUCAAGAGCUUUGAUUUUGAGUUUGGUUUCUGUAUGCCCAGCAGCAAGAACACCUGUGAACACAUCUACGAGUUCCCCCCUCUGUCAGAGGACAUCAUGCGCGAGAUGAUCCUGCACCCAUACAAAACGCAGUCCGACAGCUUCUACUUUGUGGACAACAAGCUGGUGAUGCAUAACAAGGCAGACUACUCCUACAGUGGGAGUCCGUAGGAGCACAGGACUUCCCGAGACACCUAGACCCACUCCAACUCUAACCCACCCCACCAUAGGACCAUGGACAGACAGACAGACAGACAGACAGACAGACAGACAGACAGACAGACAGACAGACAGACAGACAGACAGACAGACAGACAGACAGACAGACAGACAGACAGACAGACAGACAGACAGACAGACAGACAGACAGACAGACAGACAGACAGACAGACAGACAGACAGACGACGAACGGAGAGACGUAUGGACGGACUGACAGGUCACAAGCAGCAGGACUGAUGGACAGCCUCGCACUCUCAGCAGCUUUAUUUUCUCCAAUCAGAAUUCCUCCAUUGCUUGUUAUCCCCUCAAUUGCAAUCCCCUACUCCAGUCUCUUUCAAUGACCUCUCAACUUUCUGUGUCUGAUAGAGAGUGUUAUAGAUGUGUACACAGUCUAUCAUACAUAAACACACACAGACCUUCGCUAUGGGACACGUCUGAUGUGGCCUGAUCUAGACAAAAUAAAAGCACAACCAGUAGAGUAUAUAAGGGCCAGUAACAAUGAGUGAGAUUGAAUGUCUAGUCAGUGAGUUCUCAGUCAGUCAGCUAAAGAGAAAAAGAGAAAGGGAGAGAGAGAUAAGAAGAGACAGAAAAAAUUAAGAGAGCAAGAAAGAGAGAUAGUGUCUGCUUUUCUGCACUUCAUCUCAUUGACAUUUACAGUACCAGUCAAAAGUUUGGACACAUCUACUCAUUCAAGGGUUUUUACUUGACUAUUGUAGAAUAAUAGUGAAGACACUUUUCCAGUAUGAGAGGUUUGCACAUUUUUGGCAUUCUCUCAACCAGCUUCAUGAGGUAGUCACCUGGAAUGCAUUUCAAUAACAGGUGUGCCUUGUUAAAAGUUCAU